UCUCACCCAGCCCUCUAGUGCAGGCGUCGCCCGCCGCCUUUGCAGCGCCGUGCAGAAUGCGUGCCAUCAGCCGCUAAUCCCCGGAUCCUCCCGAGUAGGUCGGACGGUGCUUUCCGGGAGAGUCGGUCAGUGUUGCCGUGGGGGGGUCGGCGGCGCUGGGGACCUGUUGGAGAUGACAGCUGACCAGGGCGGACUGAAGCUCGGGCACCAAAACAACACUAGCCGAAGAGGAAGUUGCAGUGAGACGGGUGUGUUUUGUUUGACUGCUUUAGCCUCCCGACGAAGAAUUUGGUGUUGUUUUCCUCUCGAAUGCAUUUCUCUCUCCCCUCUCUCUCCGUGUGUGUGUGUGUGUGUGUGUGUGUGUGUGGCCACUGUGCCCCCACCUGUCACGUUAGCUAGCGUGCUAGGUGGCUAAGUUGGCUAAUAAACCAGAAACACAUAGCACCUCGGGCGAGGAGACGGUGCAAACGAUCUUAGAAAGCGAUGCAAAGCAUAGAAAGUCCGCAUGUUCUGAUGCACUUAACAUGUUACGCUUAUUACUGCUUUAUUAGCAAGCACCUUAAUUAGCCAGCGUUCACUUCCAAGUCAGCCAAGCUGGCUAAUUAGCUGUGCUAUUAGCGUAGCGGCGGCUAGAAUUAGCGAGCUGGCUAAUUGACCCAGUUUUAGAGGGGCAGAGGCCGUCUGUGUCUUCCACUCGAUGUUUUUGUGUUUACUUUGGACCUAAGGCAUACACGGACCCGGAAGCUUGUAAUACAUUCAGUGUUGUGUCACUAUAGUGUAUGCGCACCUAUAGCUUGAUGGGACGAACUACUUCUGUGUACUGUGCAUAAAAACAACACGCGGACUGCUUGGUUUGAUCACUUUACACUUAAAAAGCUUGAAAUAUAAGCUGGGCGCUUGCAUAUUAGUUACAGUCAUGCACAGGCACCACAUGCUAAAUAAAUGCAGUUAGAACCAGACACAGGUUUCAUUGUGGAACUAAACUGUAAGGAAACUCACUUGUGCAUGAAUGUGCCCAUCUUUGGUCUUGUGAUCCCUGGAGGCGUACACACUAUAAACAGCAAUCAUCACGUUAGAAAAAUAAGCAAAUCAGCUCAACUUUAACCACUUUAACCUUGUAUUGUUGUUGAUAGAUGCCCCUUUUUAGUGCCCAAAUGUGCUAAUGUUACCCCGUAGGGCUGUUGAGAUGGAUUCCCUGAUGAGUGCUGUGUCGCCACGCUCACCGGCACCCGGCAAGAAGCUCUGUGAGGUGGACUUCCGGUCCGGGGCGACCCUGGAGCAGCUGUCCUCUCAGGUGUCCGAGCUGGUGCUACUGGAGCAGGGCGAGUUCGGUGAUCAUACCGCCUUGGAGGUGCACACGGCAAAGGAUUUUAUCUUCAACAUGUUAGGUUUAGUCCAAAAGGUGGAUCAGCGCCUCCCAGUGGCUAACGAGUACUUACUGCUGUCCAGCGGGGCCCGAGAGGGUGUCUUGGACCUGAACCCAGAGGACCUGGGCGACUACGCCAAAGGUGCAGACUUUGACCUGGACUUCACCCUCCUGGUGCCGGCCCUGAAGCUCCACGACCGCAACCAACCCGUCACCCUGGACAUGAGGCACUCGCCACCAUGCCACUCGUGGCUCAGCCUGCGCCUGUGCGACUCCAACAUCCUGUCCCGCUGGAGCAUCUGCUGCCAGGAGGAGAGCGGACUUCCUGAUGGGGAAGACGAGGAGGAAGAGGGUGAAAUGGGACAAGGCUCCAUCCCUUCCCUGGGCUCCCCUCAGGCCCUGGAUGGCUGCUACUUCUCCCCCACCCUGGUGGCAGACUGGUUCUGGGGGGUGGUGAGUGAGGCAGUAGAUGAGCUGCGCCGAAGCCCGCAGAGAGGCAUUCCGACCCCUGAACGACUGGAGAGGAACGGGCCGCUCACGACCAUCAUCCUCCAGGCAGGCUCCAGCCGGGUGCUGUAUGACCUCCUUCCAGUGGUGUCGUUUCGGGGCUGGCCUGCUGUGGCUCAAGGCUGGCUGACCGCCAACCACUUCUGGGAUGGUAAAAUCACAGAGGAGGAAGCUAUAUCGGGAUUCUACUUGCUGCCCUGCUGCUCACCGCUGGGGGGCCGGCCUGACAGGGAGUGGAGACUGGCCUUCUCCCGCAGUGAGGUUCAGUUGAAGAAGUGCAUCCCCUUCCCCAUGGCGCAGGCUUUCCAAGCUGCCAAGGCGGUGUUGUCGCGUCUCCUGGCCCGUCCUCGUGCAGGUCUCAGCCUCUACCACCUGCGCACGCUUCUCUUUUGGGCCUGUGACAGACUUCCUGAUGCCUACCUGUCCUGCCAAGACUCUGAUACCCCUGGUCGUCUCCUCCUGGGUCUCCUGGAUGACCUGGCGCAUUGCAUCCUGGGUAAAAACUGCCCAAACUACUUCCUGCCGCAGUGCAACAUGCUGGAGCACCUGACGGACGGCCAGGCUCUUCUCGUGGCUCGGAAACUGGCACACGUGCGUUCCGAUCCCAGCGAGCACUUGCGGGCCGCUUUAGACCAAGCCCAGCAGGCGGGUCAGCUCAAGAAGGAACUUGCCACGAGCGCUAACGGCUCCCCCAGGCAUCACCCCACCAAUGGGAUCAUCUCGCCUUCCGAGGACAAGCUGGCUCAGCGUCUGCAGCAGCUGGUCACAGAGAAUCCCGGGAAAUCGAUCUCGGUCUUCCUGAACCCGGACGACGUCACCCGGCCGCACUUCCGCAUCGAUGACAAGUUUUACUGAAGCUGCAGUGAAAUAUUUGAGUGUGUGUGUGUGGGCACACGCUGCAUGGGUUGGGUGUUUAAAGCUGUAGCUGCUCCUGGUCGCCCCCCCAAGACACCCCCAGCCUGAAUGAUAACCUCCCUUCAGACCAAAACACACUCCUGUCCUACUACUGAACGGAAUGACACGUCACUGAGCGGUUGCCAUGGAAAUGGGCGACUCUCACGAGCUGGCCUUAACGAGACUGAUCUGGCUUGGUUUCGUCAAGCAAAGGUGUGAGCACCCAGACUGUUAAUGUGCAAACGUGUAUGCAGAAGGAUGAUCACGUAAGACGAACACUUCUAAAGACUGCGUGGCUAAAAGCUGCUUGAUUGUUUUGAUCGUUUUUUCAUGUUUUAUGAUCACGUUGUGAUGUAUGAGUUAGAAAGCCAGAACAAGAUGCGGCUGAUGUAACUGAAUGUAAUGCGGUGAAGAGACCUGCCUCGCCUCUUCUCAUUCACUCCCAUUCGCUUUACGCUUUCGUUCAUGUUUCUCAGGUACCAAUCAUGCUUACCUUGUUAAAUUGAAGCCAGUCCCUUCAAAAGGUCUUUCAAGCAUUUCAGCGUGGCUUCAUUGGAUAACACAAUGUACCAAAGAGAAAUAACACUUGCAAAUGAGUUUGCAAAAGUACAGUUUACACUUUCCUGCCGAUUGAACAAGUCUGUAUCCAGUGAACGUUACCGUUGGCUGACCCAAAAUUGAUGUGAAACCACUUUUUUAAAUAAUGAAAAAAAGACAUAUCGCUCAAAUUAGUGUCUUUGUUGAUUGUUCAGUGAAUGAAUCUUUUUCUAUGGCUGUCUAGAAUGUCAUGUAAAAAGGCUUCCAUGUUUUUCAAGCUACAAAAAAAGCAUUUGAAGGCGCGUGUGGUGGUUAAUUAAGCCUGACUAUCCAUGAGGUGCAGAGCCGUGGACCUUCCAAUUGUAUUCUUUUGUUUUUUUUAACACUUACAAGCACACAGCCAAGUGUACAAGGCAACAUGCAAAGUGACUCACUCUGCUGGUUUUUGUUUUUCUUUUAUUCAAGCUGCUGUUUCUUAAAGGUCGGGUGUAAAGAUUUGAUGUGCAGACUGCUGAUUUGUUUUAACUGCUGUCUGUGUGUGUGUGUGUGUGUGUGUGUGUGUGUGUGUGUGUGUGUGUGUGUUGAAGCUGAAGAGCAACCAAAGUGUGUUGGUGCAGGAUGAUGACUGCAGUGCAUUUAGCUUAAUGUUGAAAAUGAUAGUGCAGCAUUUAUGUACACAAUACUUCUUGAUUGAGGUACUUUGUCAUUCUGUUGGCUUCAAAACAAUCAGCUGUGCAUAUGAACGUAGUGCUUUGCAGGGAUAGCAUGACAUCUGUGCUAUUUUAGUUGCCAUUUUCUGCGGAAUAUCUCAGACUCGUUUCUAAAUCGCUCAACUUUUAAGUGCUGAUAAAACCACACUCUUAGGUCAAUUCUAUUAAUUUCAGUAUAUUUUAAUAUUUAACUUCUUGCUUUGGAAAAAAAAAGAUAUAAGUGCUAAUUAUUAUAGUGAUUUUGACUGUAACACGACUGAGUUAAUGUAUUUAUUAUCAUCACCGCUGAUUCUGAGGGCUUCAUAUUGAUCAGUCUGAGCUCUAGCAUGAAAUAAAUCACUACAUUUUGGAACAUCGUGUGUGGGAAUUAUUUGAAAACGCAUGAGAAUAUGGACGUCACGAGGAUAACAUGACAGUAGUAGAGGAGGAACAGAUGCAAUGUACGUUAAAUCCCAUAGAGGGGGCUCCAGGACUACACAGAAUGGGUGGGUGUCAUACACUAUCA